CCCAGAGCGCAGUCUGCUCGCGCGCGUUGUGGUCCACUCGGAAAGAAUUCACGAAAAAAAUAAAUAAUAAUAAUAAAAAAAUAAAAAAAAAGCCACCAUUAAAAACGCAUUGGCAAAGACAGAUUUAUUUCGAUUUUGUCGUUCUAAUUUUUUUUUCCUCACAACAACCACCGGUUAUUAUUCAAACGGUAUUCGACUAUUUCGACGGCGUGCGGUUAUAUUAUUAUUAUUAUUAUUAUUCGUCAUCAUACCCGCUGGUGCGACUCCGGCCAGGAAUGAUCUCAACAGUCCGACGAUUACUUCUAUACAACUGUCGUUGACUACCCCGCGGAUAGACGGUGAUUUCAACGGUACGCGACACUGAUACAUCGACAUAGUGCACUGGAAUAUUUCGAUAAAAAAAAUAUCGUAUAAUAUUAUUGCAUAAUAUAUUAUUAUUAUUAUUGAUAUUAUACGUAACGCGCGACGACAUGUUUACCGGCGAAUCCGUCGCCGCGUCGGCCAACCCAUUCCGGCGUCGACAUAGGUUACCUCACCGCGGUAACCCGUGAUGUACCGUGCGUGUACCGUACCGCGACGUCAGAACCAUGUUACCGAGUCGUCGUCUGAACAAAACCGCUCGCACGUACUUUGCGAUCGUCGCCGCCGCUGCCGCCGCCGUCGUCGCUUUUCGAAUUCCGAAAUGCGACAGUCUGUCCAACAUGAGCAUAACGGUUCCCGUGGCCGUGGCGUCCGGCGAAUCUGCCAAGAUGACGUGCACCUAUGACCUAGAAUCCGAUCCGCUGUACACGGUCAAGUGGUACAAAGGUCGGCAGGAGUUCUUCAGGUACGUGCCGAAGGAACUGCCGCACACCAGAGUGUUCCCGUGGCCCGGCAUAAACGUGGACGUUAGCCAAUCAGGACCUAAUCAAGUGGUACUACGAGACGUCAAAAGACACUUGUCAGGAAAAUACAGAUGUGAGGUAUCAGCGGACGCACCGUCGUUUCACACGAAAAUCGUGUCCUCUUGGAUGCACGUUGUCUACCCACCUGUCGGACAACCCGUGCUGUCGCUGGAGAAACGGCACUACACCAUCGGAGACACAUUGAAAGGCAACUGCACGUCACCGCCGUCCAGUCCGCCGUCCAAUGUCACGUGGUACUUAAACGAUAAAUGGAUGAACUCGAGUUACGGCCAGUCUUCGUCGUCGUCCGGUCUGGCGGCAUCAGACGAUGCGUGGCGGUCGACGAACACGGUGGGGCUCGAGCUGGAGGUGAACAGUUUCAAAGUGGGCAAGAUGCGUAUCCGGUGCGUGGCCGAGCUGUACGGCGUGUUCAAAACGUCAGCCGAGACGGUGCUGGACGAGGAGAAACCUCGCCUGGCUUCGAUUCUGGGCACGUUCUCGUCUACAGGUGCAUCACACACGUCUUCUUAUUCGUUAUUGAUUGUGAUAUUGGUCAGCGUAUGGAUGAGAUAACCAUGUAAAAAUCCAAAACCCGAAUACAAAAUAAACGACCGCAUUAGUGACUUCGUUGAUUUUCGUUUUAUGUAAAUUUGUAACAUUUUUAAGACGCGUUAUUUUGGAAUCCAAAAACUAUCUUCGUAUAAAUAUGUAUGUAUUAUGUUGUAUAUUAUAUAGAAUGAUUUUAGGAAAAAAAAUCCAUAGAGUACUUUAUCGGUUAUUAUGAAGUUCCGUUUUAACGACUUUAUUAAUAUUAUUACAUUGUAUAAUAUUAUAAUAUAAUAUAUUCAACUAAAAAUGUACACUAAUUAAUAAAAAUAUUAAUAAUACAUAUUAUAUAACAAUAUCUAUUCGACUUUUGAAUAAUCGUUAACCAAAAAAUAACUUAGUUAGGUGAAUAAACUUCGGAGAAGACGCCAAUUCUGUUUGUUAUGAUUUAAUGUUUGUAUUGAAUAAACCAUUGGUGCAUAAAUAAUCAUA